AUGGAAACUACGACAGUAUCACAAGAACAGUUUACUAGCAAGAAAGGUGAGCGGUAUCCGACAGUGAGACCUCAGGAUUCGGAUUUUCUUCAGGGUGAUGGCUUAUUUAUGGCCGAAACACAUAGCGCUUCUGAAUAUACUAUGAAAAGCGGCGAACGUUACGACACUGUUCGACCGAGUGAAUCGACGCUUUGGAAA